CAGAUCCUGAUCCUUUUGUGAUGGGAGAAAGGAGAGGUGGCUUCUGGGUGGGAGGGGUUCCCUUACCCAGGCUGUGGGAGACCUGACGUCACAAAAGCUGGGCCCAGAGUUAAGCAGGCUGAGGAGUGUGGCAGAGUCCUGCGCCUCUCGAGGCCAUGGGCUGCUGUCAAGACAAGGACCAUCAGACCUCUGAUGAGCAUGCAAGGGAGGAUGUGACUGAGGAAGGCAGGCAAGGUAGGACUCAAAACGGGUCAGGGAGCUGGAUUGGGAAUGGGAGCGGGAGGUGCCCAGAAGGGACUGCCAAAAGAGGUUGGACUAGAGAGAGCAGAAUUGAACUAUGGCACUAUGGCCUCGUGGCCCUUACAGGCAACGAAGUUGAUUUGGACAACACAGGCCGCCGCAAACAAAGAUCUAACGAAAGUCUUCUGAUCACGGUACUGUGGCGCAGGCUAUCCAUGUUCAGCCGUCGGGAGUCCUCACGGUCCAGCAAGAGGCUCUCAGACCAGACUCAAAAGCAGGAUAAUCAGAUCCAGGAGCGCAAACGUGAGGGAAGCCACAAGGAACCAGAAAAGGGCUGACUCCAACCCUGUCCUUGUCCUCCCCAACAUCCAGAGAAUAAAAUUAAUAUUGUGGAUCUGCGGAAA